GCAUGAUCAUGGCGAGCGAAACUUUGAGAAGUCUGUAUGUAAAUAUCAUCAAAAUGGAUUUAUUACCGCCUUUCUGUAAAUUCGAAGAAGGUUAGACCAUAAAUAACUUAAACAUCAAGUGUCGUGUAAUGUGCUUGGUGCAUUUUAUUUUUGAAACACGUACCAAGCUUCAAGCAGAAAUUUAUGUCCAAAGGAUACCAUAUUUGACUGAAGGACCGAGCCAAACAUGGGCAUUGCUUUUUUACCAGUGAUUUAGUGGAUGAUAUGUUUGCUGAAUUAUUUUUAAAAAAUGCUGCAUAACUGAGCAUUUAACUGACACAAUUAAUACAAUUGAAAGAAAAUAAAAAUAAUUUUUGAAGAAUAUAAGAUUUAAUGAUGAUGGCUGGAGUCCCACCCACUCCAGCUUCAGACAUUUCAAGGUCUGAAAUUUUACCCAUGGGAUAUACUCAGAUGGAGAGCCCACCCAUGACACCUGCCUCUGCUUACAAAAACAUGACAGGGAUAUACUUAGGACAGGAGAGUGGCCCCAGUCCAGGGAGACAGAAGGCGUACGUCCCACCUUUGGCUAGAGGGCGUGGCAUGCCUAGUGGACGGAUACGCACUCCUAUUGAGGAAAGACGAUAUAAAAUGGUGGAGUUACUGCGUAUAAGAGAAGAUAAUAAAGGAUUCAAAGGACAGCCCUUAAAGGCCAAGAGUAAACCACCAACCCCCCCAGGUCCGCUGGGCCCCCCAAGUCCUCCUACUUUGAGGACUCAGACUGCUCCCUCCUCAGAUAUGUUCUCUUCUCCUGUAGAGUUCCAGAAACUUGUACAGAGAAAUCCUCGAAGAUUCACACGUGCCAAUAAUACAGGAGUUACACACAUGGAGUACCUCAACUGUAUGAACCAUAAAAGGAAAAAUGAGAUCCCAUUAUUGGAAGAUAACAUUUUUAGUGUGCCUUUCACAGAGACUGUUGAGAAAGAAGUAGACAGAAUAGCUCGUGAACAAGGGGAAAGUUUGGUUGGACUUGGAGAUUGCUAUAAUAAAGUUUGCAAAGGCAACAAAGAGUCCCUUCACCAUCUUCUUCCCCAUCGAAGGCCUCAAACCCAGAGUAAACCCUCAGGAGCCCAGUACACUGGGUUUACAGUGAAAAGUUACAGGAGCCCAAAUCAAGCCGAGAUCCUGGCUGAUUUUUCUCAGGGACAACCAAGACAAAGAUCUGUGAUAGGAUCAAGACUUCUGGUGCCAUUGCCAUACUUUUUCCGUCCAUAUGCCAAUUACUAUGAGUCUCAAGCCACAGCUCAAGGCAGACCUCCAGGACCUGGGUACUUUGAUGAGAGAAUUGAUGGUGUUUCUGUAGGCCCAGGAAAAGUUCUUGGAGCUCCUGGCACUGGUGGUUUAUCACGGAAUCUGAACCGUGGUAUGCAUUUAUUUCCCAGCACUCCUACUGGAUCUUUGAUACAAGUCAACCAAAGUGCUCAGCAAACAUCCCAAGCUCAAGAGACUAAGGAUUAUUCAUCUCCUCCUAACACUCCGAGAGGAGAGGCAGCAGAGCAGCCUAGUGAUCAGACUCCCCUUAGCCAGCAGACAGGUGCAGAGGACAGCCCUGAAAUGAACAGGGACACCAAACCUGGGCCAACACAGCCAAAAGACACAGUGACUGUGACAGUUCAAGGUAGUGACAAUAAAGAGAAUACCAGCCCUGCCGACACCAUGGAGACAGGCACAGAGAAAAAAUCACGCCCUCAGAAGAAAAUUGAGCGCCUGCCCAGCGGGCGAGACAUCAAGAUAGGUGUGGAAACUGAAGAUGGCCAGCAGAGCAGUGUUGUGAUAGAUGUAGCUGAAGGAGAAGAUGCAGCGGAUACUGAACCAACCAGAAAGCAAUCGAUAACUGAGCGUGUGAGCAAGUUAAAAUCUUCAGAAUCUGUGGUACAGUCCUUAAUGCAAGAGGCCCAUGCCAGAGAAAAAGAGUUUGAGCAGCUUCUGACAGAGCACCGUGCUAUUUGUAAAGAAAUUGAGCGACAGAGCAGCCAAGGAGAGUUGGAUAUUCCAAAGGAGGAAGACGAGCUAAAAGUGAAAGAAGAUUCAGAGAGCCAAGAGAAGGAGUCUAAAGAAAAUGAAGCAAAUGACAGUCCUAAAGCUCAGGAAGCCGGGACAUCAACGUAGCUCAUGUCAUGAAUUGAGGCUGAAUUUUCAGAUAGUUUGUCAGUUAAGGAGGUUGUUCAAACACUAAUCAGAUACAUUUCACAGACAUUAAAUUUGACAUUUGUGACAGAAAAAAUUCCUACAAAAGUCAUUAUAUGGAGUGUCAUAUAACUUGAUAUAAGAUAAGCUGUAUCAGAGCUAAGAGAAGAAAGUCAGCUUAUGUCCAAGAGUGAGCAAUAAAGAUAUUUAUAUAUGAUACCAUGUAAUAGCUGGCUAUUGAAGAGUGUUCAAAUGAUCAUAGAACAUUAGAUUAUGACAGCAAUACUUGGACUCUGAGGUGUGGUGCAAAGGAUUGGAAGAUCUGUUUGAAGAGUUUUGAAAGCACCUGUGCGCUAUGUAUGAUACCAAGUCUCAGUGCUCAUAUACACAUAACCAGCGUCUGUAUAAAUAUCAUUUAAAUUAAUUGUAAGUGUUUGUGAGCCAAAUUAGAACUUUUAGUUUUUUUGUCAACUCACAUUGUUUUGUUGACAGGUGGCAUAUCGUGAUUUCAUUACUGUGCUACUUGCAGUGCCUUACAAUAUCACAAAAAAAAACAUCACUACUUGUACUUUGUGUACUUUAUCACAAUCUAUGGCACUUUUGGUUGAUAUAUGAACCUGCUCACAACAUUGCUAUAUAUAUACAUAUAUAACUGAGAGGAGGAGGAACAGAGAGACAUAUUCAGUAAUACAUAAUAUCAGAAUCAUAGCUGGAACUUUAUUAUUGUUUUAAGCAUAAAAAUAAUUUUUGUUGAAAAAAUUUAAUUGUUUGCACGAAUUUAGUUUUUAACUAAAUGUCAGUCUGGUAAAAAUCUCAGUGUGGAGGGAGAUUAAUCCAGUUUCCUCACACUUACAUUGUUAAUGUUUAAUUGUCAAUUUAACAUAAAAAUCUAUAGUUCUGCCUGUUUAGAAUUAUACAGUAACAUAGUUAGUCACAGUGAUUCUUCUCUAGCAAAUUUAUCUUGGUUUAAGUUGUAUAUAAUGCAUUGAUGUAUGUGUGUAUGUCAUCGUGUGUGUGUGUGUGUAUGUAUAUAUAUGUAUGCAGCUGAGAUUCAGUUACUACAAUAUUUUUGUGACUUGAGUUUUAAUCCAUGAAAAGGUCUCUACAUAAUGCAACACCUUAACACUUGAAACAUUGAAUGGCUUGGCUAUGAUAUGGCAUUCUUUGAAUUUAUAAUAUGCAUAUGAAUUUGGAAUCAUGUAAUUGUAGGUACGUCACUAGUUUUAUACAAAUUUGAUUGGGCCCUAGUUUGACAUGAGCUAAUACUAGGACAUUCAUUCCAGUGAACAUGUAUGAUGAAUUUACCCAGAAAUGUUCUAUCCUUUAAUAACAUUCACUGAAAUGAUCACUUUUCUUCUAAGUAACUUGAAAGUGAAAAUUGAUCAAUAAUGUGGAAAUCUGUUGGAAAACCAUUUUGUAUUA